AUGGGUGUGCUACCGAUGAUCGACAGAUUUCCUGCUCCGGCGAGGAUCCAGCGACUCAGUGUGUUUGCCUUGGGCACAAUUCUCAUCGUUCUUCUCCUCGAGAACACACUCUUCCCGGAAGCUUCAGUCACCAGUCUUCACAGAAGGGGUGACCGAUCACGGUCCCAACACUACCAACAAUGGGGUGCCUUUGAACCGAUGUUAAUCCCCGGAUAUGUCAACACGGGACUGCCCGGGAAGAGAUCAUGCGACACUCUGAAAUACAACUCCACCGUCGGCGUGCAGCAGAGUUUCCACCUCAACGAUGAUAUUCAUCAAAUCGCUGUGGCCCUCGACCAACACCCCGUCGUCGACUAUCCCGAUGAGAUGAUGAACGACCCCGAGAUGGACAUGAGAGAUAUUGUCGAGAAGACGUGGACGCGCCUGGCAGGAUCGAGCGUGUGGCUACCCGAACAGAAAGUGUACUUGUCCGUGACCCGGGUCGUCUUCUCGCCAUCCAGAACUCGAACGGUGCCCAAGAUGAGUUUCCUCCGGGGUCAACUUUUCAAUGAAGACUGGGACCACUUGACCAAUCAUACGAUCACGUGGAGUGGCAAACAGUUCACGUUUCCCAUGGUUUUCGACAUACCAGCACAGUGGGAGGAUCACGGGGGCAUGUUUGGACCCGAAGACCCUCGUGUCCUCUUGGAGGAGGGUGUGGAGGAUGCGGAGCCAGUCAUCAUCUUCAACAUGGUCAGUAGGAAGUCCGACUGGAAGCGAGCAAUGCACCUUUUCCGCCCGUUCUCCAAGGCCUCGACGAUCCUCACCAUCAAGGACACCGAACGAGCAUAUAACGAGAACAGCUGGGCACCAUUCUUCAUACCCGAACAAGAGCAGCAAACCUUGCUUGGCAAGAUCCCCCUGCCGGUGCCGGGCGUCGUCCGCAAACCCAACGAAUAUAUCCACUUCGUCUACAGCUUCAGACCUUUGCGCGUCUUGAAGUGUCAUAUGCGUUGUGGCGACUGCGAAUUUGUGUACGAGCAGGACGUUCCAGAUAAGGUCUUCAACAAGCACCACGACGAAGCCGGCAGUGUGCGUGGUGGUACAAACUUUGUCCCGGUCCCGAUUCCGUCAAGCAUGGACAUCGACUCGAGGGUCCGAGUGUACGCAGCGUUUCCCCAAACGAACAUUGCGAAAUUUUGUGACGGGAACUUCUAUCGACCAGAGUUUGCCGUCAUGAUCAACAUUGGCAAUCAAUUCCAGCUUGCAUUUGCUUCCGAGUCACUUGACUUUGGCGAUUCCAUCCUGGAGCUGGGUCCGGAUGAUGAUCGGUGUGAGAAAUCGCGCAUUCUUACCCCUAAUACCGUGGUCCGCUGGGACACAGGCAGUGGUCAGGAUGUGAUGACUGUGACCUUCAGCGUCAACGAUGAGACCACUCAGGUGUCUCGCAUCCGCGGCCUGCUGGGUUUCGUCCGCAACCUACCGCAGUUCAAGACGUUGCUCAAACGAGAUGGUCUCCUGAAGGGUGCCGAUGCCGACCUCGUGAGCAUUCUGGCCUCGUGGGUCGGUGACGAUAUACGUGGCUGUCUCAUCGAGUCGGCGGCAAACUACACUGGCAUCACGAUGGAGGAUUCGGACCCCAGAGAUGAAGGCCAAGAGAUGGAUCUGUCCAAGGAAUUGAUGCUCCGACUCAAACAGAUCAAAGCAGAAGAGGCUGAACGUAACCGGGCGAAAGAGGCCGGUAGCGAGAGUAGCCCUGGCAAUGAACCAGCCCUCCCCAUCCUGGAACAUCCCCCAGAAGAAGAGGAAGAUGCCAUCUUUCACCCAGAGCUCCUGGGAGAAUUUGAAGACGUCGAAGGUCUCGCUGUCGAAGGCCUGGAAGAUGAGGGUACAGAGGACGAAGACAAGGAGGACAAUCCGAAGGAAGACGAACUCCCAAAAGGCGAAAAAGAGCAGGAAGAUGACACCAUAGAGCAGGAAAAGAACGACGUGGACGCAAAGGACGAGGCUCUGAAACCAGAAGGACUCGAUCGCCUCGUAGGCGCGGCGGGAGCCGAGGACAAGGAGCAGCAGGAGAGGCAACCGCUGCAUCCGCCCAAGGCCGCGCACAAUCAUGACAGCCACCACCACCGCUACCAUAAACAGCAGAAUUGGCGCCGCGCUUGGCCUUGA